CCCAAGAAUGGAAGCAAGGGAACCUGCGGUACAGGGACCCAUGGGGUCAGUGGCUGUGGCAGGAGGCACUGCAACUGCAGCAACCCAAACACACAUCCCUUGCAUUGCGGGGGUCUACGUGGAGGCCUCCAGCAAGACGCUGAGCCUGUCUGAUGCUUCCCGAGAGCACUUGCUUCAGCCUGACCUAGCACUGGUCCUUCUGGAGGCACAGGCAGCCACAGGCGGCAUUGUUGACCCCAUUAGAAAGCAGCUGGUCUCUGUGGCAGAGGCACUGGGGAUGGGAUUAGCAGGACUAGAAAUGAAGGAGAGGCUGUUGUGCGCCGAGCGAGCCGUGACAGGCUUCACCGACCCUUAUACCGAGGAGAAGAUCUCUCUGUACCAAGCCAUCCAGAAAGAGCUGAUUGGGAGGGAAGAGGGCCUCCAUCUCCUGGAAGCCCAGAUAGCCACUGGAGGUAUAAUUGAGCCCACCACUGGCCGCCGUCUCCCUUUGGAAGAGGCCUGUGCACAUGGAUACCUGGAUGAAGACCUCAGCAACAUUCUCUCUGAUCCUGGGAACGAAGAGUUCAAGGGUUUCUUGGAUCCUAACAGCAACCAGAAGGUCACUUACUUUGAGCUGAUGAGAAGAUGCAUUGCGAGUCCAAGCACAGGCCUGCUUUUGCUGCCACUGAAAAUCUCUUUCCCUGGGCUGAGAGGGACAGUCUGUAGCCACGAGCUGCUGGAUUCUGGAAUCCUUGACUCAACCACAUUCAAAGCCCUCCACGAUGGGAAGGUCACAGCACAGGAGGUGGCUGAGAUGGAUGCUAUCCAGCAGUAUCUGUCAGGGAUAAACAGCAUAGCUGGUGUGGCCAUCCUGCAAACUGGCGAGAGCAGGAGUCUUUACCAGGCCUUGUCGGAACACUUCUUAAUGCCUGGCACAGCAGAGAUUCUCCUGCAGGCUCAGGCGGCUACAGGAGGCUUGAUAGACCCCAUAAAGAAUAAGAGUUUCGCUGCUGAUGAAGCCGUCCAGGCAGGAGUCGUUGGGCCGGAGCUGUACGAGAAGCUGUCUUCAGCAGAGAAGGCUAUGACAGGGUACAAAGACCCCUACACAGGGGAGACGCUGUCCCUCUUUCAAGCCAUGAAGAAGGGUCUUGUGCCCAGGGACCCUGGCAUUUUCCUCCUGGAGGCCCAACUCGCCACGGGUGGGAUCAUUGACCCACACACUCACCACCGGCUCCCUUUGGAGGUGGCUUGCCAGAGGGGCCAUCUGGACAAAGACACACACAGCCUCCUCUGCAACCCCACAAAUGACACUCGGGGGUUCUUUGAGCCCAAUUCAAAGCAGAACAUGUCCUAUGCAGAACUGCUGUCAAGGUGUGUUGCAGACCCAGACACCGGGCUGUGUCUUUUGCCCCUUUCUAGCAACCCUGGGAAGGAGCAUCCUUUCAUUGACCAGAGGACCCAGUGUGUUCUGAAAAGCACGAUGGUGCCCAAGCCCUGCGGCCACCUCAGAGGGUGCCCCGUGUCCCUCUGGAAACUGCUGUUCUCAGACUACUUGACCAGGGAGCAGCGCAGGGCUCUCACCCAGCAGUUCUGCUCAGGCAGCCUUUCCACUCAGGCCCUGGCAGACAGAGUCAUUGGCAUGGUUCAGCAAGUCUCUGCCAACUCAAGAGUCACUUUUGAAGGUCUGAGGGACAAGGUGACCCCUGCCCAGCUCCUGAGCUCUGAAAUUAUCAGCAAAGAUUUGUUCGAGAAGUUAACACACGGGGAAACUUUGGCCAAAGAGGUCCUUGGCGUGGGCACGGUGAGGAGGUACCUGGAAGGCACCGGCAGCAUUGCUGGGCUGCUCCUGCCUGACUCCCAAGAGAAGAUCAGCAUCUACCGAGCCAAGAGGAGAGGCCUUCUGCGCCCAGGCACCUCCCUCAUCCUGCUGGAGGCCCAGGCCGCCACUGGGUACAUCAUCGACCCCGUGGCAAACCAGAAAUACACUGUGGACGAGGCCCUGCGGGCCAAAGUCAUCGGCCCAGAUGUGUACGACAAGCUCCUGGCCGCCGAGAAGGCAGUCACCGGCUUCCGGGACCCUUACACGGGAAGUAAGAUCUCCCUCUUCCAAGCCAUGAUGAAGGACCUCAUUGUCAGGGAACACGCCAUCCGCCUCCUGGAAGCCCAGAUUGCGACCGGAGGAAUCAUUGACCCCGUGAACAGCCUCCGCCUGCCCGUGGAAGCCGCCUACAAGCGGGGCUACUUUGACAAGAAGUUGAACCUAAUCCUUUCCGACCCCAGUGACGACACCAAGGGGUUCUUUGACCCCAACACCCAGGAGAACCUCACCUACUUGCAGCUGAAGGAAAAGUGCCUCACGGAGCCCUCCACUGGCCUCUGCCUCCUGCCUCUCAACAGCAGGAGGCGCCCGUUGAUCGAUGACACCACCAGGCAGGCCUUUCAGCACUCCUGGCUCCUGGUCAGGUACGGCCGUUUCCAAGGCCAGAGAGUCUCUGUGUGGAAUUUGCUGAACUCGGAGUACUUCAGCGAGGGCAAGAGGAGGGAAAUACUCAACCAUUAUUCCCUGCGCAAGGUCACCCUCGAGCAAAUCCGUCUCCUUUUGGAAGAAGAGAUGAAAAAAUGGGCCCGUAUCCAGUUCCCAGCCAUCAGGGGCAGCGUCACGGCCCACCACCUGCUGGAGACGGGCAUAAUUGACCGGGACCUCUUUGAAAAGCUGCUGGAGGGCACUGUGAGCCCAGAGGAGGCGCUGAGCAUGGAUUCAGUUAGAAAAUACCUGUAUGGCACGGGCAGCAUUGGGGGAAUCGUGUUGCGGCCCUCUCACGAGAGAGUGAGUCUCUAUGAAGCCAUGAAGAGGAAUAUGGUGUUGCCAGGAGUGGCGCUGCCACUACUUGAGGCCCAGGCGGCCACGGGCUUCAUCAUUGAUCCAGUGAACAACCAGAAACUCUGCCUGGACGAGGCUGUGAGGGAAGGCGUAAUUGGCCCGGAGCUCUACGAGAAGCUACAUCGGGCAGAAGAAGCUGUCACUGGCUAUCAGGACCCCUUCACGGGCAAGAAGAUCUCACUCUUCCAAGCCAUGAAGAAGGGCCUUGUGGCUGACAAACAGGCCAUGCAGCUGAUGGAUGCUCAGCUGUCUACUGGAGGGGUCAUGGACCCGCACAGUGGCCACUAUGUCCCCGUCGAAUUUGCCCAGAAGAAAGGCUACCUGGAUGAGGACUUCCACAAAGCGCUUUCCAACCCUAGCAGUGACACCAAGGCAUUCAGCACCCUUGACUGGAAGGAGAAGGUCACCUAUGGCCAGCUGAUCCAUCAGUGUGAGAGAGAUGAAGCUUCUGGCAUUCACCUGUUGCCUCUUUCUGAAGCAGCUUCUCCCAUCUCCACAGAUGAGCAGAUUGAGCAGCAGUUCCGGGAGACCCUUUUGGAGGACAGAGGCAUCUCCCUCUGGGAGCUCCUCAGCUCUGGCUACUUCACCGAGGAGCAGAGAAGUGAGUUCUUGGAGAAGUUUAGGUCAAAGGCCAUUUCCCUUGAGCAGCUGGUCUCCCAUGUCCAGGGGCUUGUUGAGGACAUAGAAAUUAAGGCCCAGACCCAGGUCACCUUCCAAGGCUUGAGGGGUGAAGUGCCUGCAGUCUGGCUUCUGGAUACAGGCAUCAUUUCAGAAGAGACAUUUGCGGAGCUGGCUCAAGGCAGGAGGACAGCCAGGGAAGUGUCCGAGAUGGAAAGUGUGAAGAAAUACUUGAGUGGCACUGGGAGCAUUGCUGGAGUUUUCAUUCAGGAUGCCAAGGAGAAAAUGGGAAUUUACCAGGCCAUGCAGAAUGGCUUCCUUCUGCCGGGUACGGGGACAAGGCUACUGGAAGCUCAGGCAGCCACGGGUUCCAUUAUAGACCCAGUGACCAACCAGAAACUUGGAGUGGAGGACGCCAUCAAGGCUGGCCUUGUGGGUGAGGAAUUCAUGGGGCAACUGCUGCAGGCAGAGAGGGCCAUAACAGGCUAUCCUGACCCCUACUCUGGAAAGCCCAUCUCAGUGUGCCAGGCAAUCAGAAAGGAGCUAAUCCCUUCCCAUGUCGGCAUCCCUUUGCUUGAGGCUCAGUUAGCCACCGGUGGCAUUGUCGAUCCUGUCCAUCACCACCAUCUUCCUCUCCAGGCUGCCUACAGGCUCGGCUUCUAUGACGAAGACAUGCACAAGGCCCUUUCUCAGCUCAACGAUGAGACCUGUAUCUUCUUUGACCCUAAUACGCAGGAGAGUCUGACCUAUCAGCAGCUGAAAGACAGGUGUCUCAGGGACCCAGCGACUGGCCUCCUGCUGCUCCCACUCUCCAAAGACGCAGCCUUCUAUGGGGACCGGCACACCAUGGACGCUCUGAAAUCCAUCACUGUCUGUGUCAAUGUUGGCCGAUUCCGAGGUCAAGAGGUUUCCCUCUGGGACUUGCUCAAUUCUGAGUACAUCACCCAAAGCAAGCGGAGAGAGCUGGUGCUCAUUUACAAAGAAAAGAAGGCUGAGGCGCUUCAGGAGAUGAUAGCAGCCAUUACCCAGAUCAUGGAAGAGACAGAGCAGCAAGGCCAGAAAUUUGCGUUCAAGGGCUUACGCAAGCAGGUGUCAGCCUCGGACCUCUUCCAGUCUCAGCUGAUAGACAAGAGGACUCUAGAUGAUCUGAGGCAGGGGAGGAAAACGGUCCAGGAAGUGACUCAGAUGGAUUCUGUUCGGCAGUACCUGGAAGGCAGCAACUUCAUUGCUGGAGUUCUUCUGCAGCCAAGCCGUGAGAGAAUGAGCAUCUACCAGGCCAUGCGGCAGGGCCUUCUCAGGCCAGGAGCCGCUCUCGUCCUGCUGGAGGCCCAAGCCGCCACUGGGUUCCUCAUUGACCCUGUGGGAAACAAGAGGCUGUCAGUAGAUGAGGCCGUGGCCAUGGGGCUAAUUGGGAGGGAGACCUACGGGAAGUUGCUGAGCGCAGAGAAGGCCGUGACAGGAUACACACACCCCUACACCCGAAGAAAGAUCUCCCUCUUUGAGGCCAUGAAGGAGGAGCUCAUUGUGAAGAGCCAUGGCAUCCGCCUCCUGGAGGCCCAGGUAGCUACUGGGGGCAUCAUUGACCCUGUCCACAGUCACCGCAUCCCUGUGGAGGUUGCUUACAAGCGAGGCUACUUUGAUGAAAAGCUGAACCAAAUCCUUUUAGACCCCACAGAUGACACCAAAGGCUUCUUUGACCCCAACACCCACGAGAACCUCACUUACCUGCAGCUCCUAGAACGAUGCGUCCAGGACCCAGAGACAGGGCUAUAUAUGUUGCAGAUAGUCAAAAGAGGGGGAAGGUACUUCUACAUUGAUGAGGCCACCAAGCAAUUUCUGAAAGCACAACCAAUGCAGAUGCAUGUAGGCAGGUACAAAGGCCAAGCCGUCUCCAUGUGGGACCUCCUCUGUUCCCCAUAUAUCCAUGAACAGAAAAGGAAAGACCUGGUAAGCCAAUAUAAGGGAGGAAGCAUGACCCUGGAGCAGCUUGGCAAAGCCAUCUACACUGUUGUUGAGGAAACUGAGCAGAAAGCUCAGGCGUUCCAGCUGAAAGGACCAGUAGGGAAGGUUUCAGCUGCAGAUCUGUUCAAUUCUGAGAUCAUUGACAAGAAGACGCUGGAUGGUCUCCAUCGAGGGCCAGACGUCCUUCAGCAGCUGGUCCAGAAAGACUCAGUGAGAAGAUUCCUAGAGGGAACCGGCUGCAUUGCGGGGAUCCUGGCCAAAGGGCAAAAGAUGACUGUCUGCGAGGCCAUGGAGAGAGGGCUUCUCUCACCAAAAAAUGGCCUGAUGUUGCUGGAAGCCCAGGCGGCUACUGGGCUCUUCACUGACCCGAUGAAAAAGAAAACAUUCUCUGUUGACCAGGCUGUCUCUGCGAGGCUUGUGGGCAAAGAUGUUCAGACAAAGCUUCACCUUGCAGAGAAAGCUAUGACUGGGUACACUGAUCCCACCACAGGGAACAAAGUGUCUCUCUACCAGGCCAUGAAGAAGAACAUUAUAGAGAAAGGGCUUGCCCUCCGCCUUCUGGAGGCCCAGAUUGCCACUGGUGGCAUCAUGGAUCCCUUCUACGGCCAUCGCAUCCCUGUGGAGGUGGCCUACAAGCGGGGCCAUUUGGACGAUGGUACGUUCCUCUGGCUUUCUGAUGCAGAAUAUGCCAAUAAAGGAUUUGUGGACCCCAACACACAGGAAAGGGUCACCUAUGCACAGCUCCUGGAGAGAUGCGUCAAAGAUGCCGACUCAGGGAUGUACCUCCUACCCUUGUUAGACAAAACGGAGUAUUUCUAUGUAGAUGAGGUCACAAAAAACAUUCUUUCUUCCACCAAAGUAAAUGUUACCCUUGGGAAAUUCAGAGGACAGACCAUCUCUCUGUGGGAGCUUCUUUCCUCAGACUACAUUAAUGAAGAAAAGAAGAAAGAACUCAUUCAGAAAUACAAACAAGGACCUUCAGAAGUUCUGCAACACAUCACCAAUGAAAUUCUGAACAUGGUAAAAGAAAAAGAACAGACCAGGAGGGAGGUGUGGUUCCAAGGGCUACGAAAGCAAGUGACCGCCUCAGAACUGCUGAAAGCUGACAUAAUCAGUCAAGAUACAAUGGAGAACUUGGAGGAAGGAAAACAAACAGCAAAAGAGGUAGCCAGGAUGGAUUCGGUGAAGCGGUACCUGGAAGGCACCAGCUGCAUUGCUGGGGUGCUGGUGCCCGCCAGGUCAGACCCUGCCAAGACGGAAAAGAUGACCAUCUACCAGGCCAUGUGGAAGGGCAUUCUCCGGCCGGGCACUGCCCUGGUGCUGCUGGAGGCACAGGCCGCCACGGGGUUCCUCCUUGACCCACUGAAAAAUGCAAAACUGUCUGUCAGUGAGGCCAUCUCUGUUGGACUGGUGGGUGGAGAAAUUCAGAACAAGCUCCUAUCUGCAGAGAAAGCAGUCACUGGGUAUACUGAUCCAAACACUGGGGGAAAAAUUUCCCUUUUCCAGGCAAUGAAGAAAGGCCUGAUCCUCAAGGAACAUGGCAUCCGCCUGCUGGAGGCCCAGAUAGCCACGGGGGGCAUCAUUGACCCCAUGCACAGCCAUCGUGUCCCUGUGGAGGUGGCCUACAAGCGGGGCUGUUUUGAUGAAGAAAUGAAUCAGAUCCUCACAGAUCCUACAGAUGAUACCAAAGGCUUUUUUGAUCCAAACACUCAUGAGAAUCUCACGUACAUGCAGCUGCUCCAACGCUGUACUUGUGACACAGACACAGGACUCCUGAUGCUGCAAAUACAGGACCAACAAUUAAAUGCCCAUUCCUCAGACGAAAGGAUAAGGCAGGCUUUGCAGUCAGUAACAAUCAACAUUGAUGUGGGAAAUUGGCAAGGAAACACAGUGUCUGCCUGGGACCUCCUCUUAUCUAGAUAUAUUCCUGAAACCAAAAGGAAAGAACUGCUAAACCAAUACGGAGUUGGUGGAAUAACUGUUCAGGAAAUGAUAACUACCCUAAAAUCCACCAUCUAUGAGACAGAAGAGCACAUCCACAAACCAGAGAAAAAACUUGAGAAUCCAAGGACCAGCAAUGAAAAAACAUCACAAACACAGGAUAAUAUUGAACAUAAGAAUGAGGAAAAACAACAAGAAUUGAAAACAAAAAGAAUUAAUAUAUAUCCAGAAAAGGCUCAAAGUGAGCAGCCUUCCAUAUGGAACCUACUUUUCUCCGACUACAUUGCCGGGGAAAAGAGGACAGAGUUACUGGAUCUCUACUGCAGAGGCUUGCUGCCUAUUGAGUGGCUCAUCACUGUCCUCACCACCCUCGUCCAAAAGAAUCAGGCCACCACUAGGAAAAUGGAAGUUAAAGCGAAGAGCCGAGACCCAGAGUUGGGAGGCAGAGAAAGGGAUCCUGGGCUUUUCUCCCCAAACGAAGGAAACUGGGAGAGCACCUUGAGGGCUCAGCGCAUCCAGGUCUCCCUUCCUGAGUUUCAAGAUCAGCAGCUCUCCGUGUGGGACGUCCUCUUCUCCCAGCACAUCUCCGAGCGCCAGCGGGAAGAGUUUCUGAGCAAAUACCGAACUGGCAACGUGACCCUGGAGGAACUGAUUGACAUCCUGGCUGCCCUCCUUGCUGAGGGCGUGACCAGAGGACGCAGACACCCCACAGGCCCAGACGCAGGAAUCCCCGGCCACGGCAGCCCUGUGAGAGCAGACCAGGAGGGCGAUGGCAAUCAGGAGGAGAAGGAGGAGACUGUGACUCUGGGAGAAAAGCAGGAGGAGGCUCUGAAGUCCCGGAUGGUCAACAUUGGGGCUGGGGAGUUCCACAGCAAGUCAUGCUCCCUGUGGGAGCUUCUCUUCUCCAAAUACGUCACGGCAGAGAAACGACACGAGCUGCUGGACAAGCACCUGGCAGGAAAUGUGAGCACAGAGCAGCUGGUCCAAUUGGUCGUCACCCUGAUUGAGGAGAUGGAAGAGAAGAGCCACCAGCUGAAAUUCUCGGGUCUCAGGAGGCAGGUGACCGCCUCAGAACUGUUCAACGCCCAGAUCAUAGACCAGGACACGCUCUCGAAGCUCACGCAGGGCACCAAGACGGUGGAGGAGAUCACGGAAAUGGAUUCGGUCAAGCGGUACCUGGAAGGCACCAGCUGCAUUGCUGGGGUGCUGGUGCCCGCCAGGUCAGACCCUGCCAAGACGGAAAAGAUGACCAUCUACCAGGCCAUGUGGAAGGGCAUUCUCCGGCCGGGCACUGCCCUGGUGCUGCUGGAGGCACAGGCCGCCACGGGGUUCAUCAUCGACCCUCUGCAGAACAGGAAGCUCUCCGUCGAUGAAGCCGUCGCUGCUGAGGUGGUGGGUGCCGAGCUGCGGGAGAAGCUCCUCUCUGCCGAGAGAGCCGUGACUGGGUAUAAGGACCCCUACACAGGGAGCAAUCUCUCCCUCUUCCAGGCCAUGAAGAAAGGUCUGAUAGUCAAAGACCAUGGCAUCCGCCUGCUGGAGGCUCAGAUCGCUACCGGGGGCAUCAUUGACCCCGUGCACAGCCAUCGCCUGCCCGUGGAAGUGGCCUACCGGCGGGGCUUCUUUGACGAGGAAAUGAACAAAACGCUCUCAGACCCCUCAGACGACACCAAGGGCUUCUUUGAUCCUAACACUCAUGAAAACCUGACCUACAAGCAGCUUCUCAAUCGCUGUCUCCCAGACCCCCACACCGGCCUGCUGAUGCUCCACGUGAUGGAAAAGGGCUCCUCUUCCUUCCUUCUGAACGAGAACACACGGAAAGCUUUGCAGUCGGCAACGGUCAGGAUGGACGUAGGGCUCUUUCAGGGCCAGGCCGUCUCUUUGUGGGACCUCCUCUUCUCCAGGUACAUACCUCCGCAGAGGAGAGAAGAGCUUUUACGGCAGUACAAAACAGGAACGCUAACGUUGCAGGCCCUCACCCAAAGCCUCACCGCCACCGUCCUCGAGACGGAAGAACGGAGCACUGAGCAAAGUGGCCAACAAGAAGCCCCCGCCACCCAUGGGGCAAAGCCACCAGGAGCCGCCACCGACCGAGCACACCGGGAAGAGACCGUAGAGGAGGCCCUGAGGUCCAGAACCGUCAGCAUGCCCACAGGAGAGCACCAGGGUCACCCCGUGGUUGUGUGGGACCUGCUCUUCUCCGACUACAUUGCUGAGGAAAAGAGGACAGAGUUACUGGAUCUCUACCGCAGAGGCUUGCUGCCUAUGGAGCGGCUCAUCAGUGUCCUCACCACCCUCGUCCAAAAGAAACAGGCCACCACUAGGAAAUUGGAAGUUAAAGCGAAGAGCCGAGACCCAGAGUUGGGAGGCAGAGAAAGGGAUCCUGGGCUUUUCUCCCCAAACGAAGGAAACUGGGAGAGCACCUUGAGGGCUCAGCGCAUCCAGGUCUCCCUUCCUGAGUUUCAAGAUCAGCAGCUCUCCGUGUGGGACGUCCUCUUCUCCCAGCACAUCUCCGAGCGCCAGCGGGAGGAGCUUCUGAGCAAAUACCGAACUGGCAACGUGACCCUGGAGAAACUGAUUGACAUCCUGGCUGCCCUCCUUGCCGAAGGCGUGACCAGAGGACGCAGACACCCCACAGGCCCAGACGCAGGAAGCCCCGGCCACGGCAGCCCUGUGAGAGCAGACCAGGAGGGCGAUGGCAGUCAGGAGGAGGAGGCGGAGACUGUGACUCUGGGAGAAAAGCAGGAGGAGGCUCUGAAGUCCAGGAUGGUCAAGGUGGCGGCCGGGGAGUUCCACGGACAGAGGGUUUCUGUCUGGGACCUGCUUCACUCCAAGCACAUUCCCAAAGGAAAAAAGAAGGAGCUUCUGCAGCUCUACAAGUCCGGCAUACUCACCACCGACCAAAUGGAAACCGUGGUCACCACCAUCGUCAACGAGACGGAGAAGGAGAAAGCCAAGGAAGCGACCCACGCCCAGGUGGGCUGCUGGGAAGACCCCUUGCGCAACCACACGGUGGUGCUGCACGUCGGCCAGUUCCAAGGCCAAGAAGUGUCCCUCUGGGACCUCCUUUUUUCCCAGUACGUUCCCGAAGCCCAGAGAGAGGAGUUCCUGAUGAAAUAUCGUUCGGGUACCUUGAGCCUUCAGGAAAUGAUAGGCGCUCUGGCUCCCCUUCUCUCAGAGGGAGGAGGAAGCUCUGGCAAGGGCGCGGAAGGGGCCAGCUCCCCACCCGGAGAGGGAACCGGGCCUCUGGGAGGUGGGCCUUCCAUUUCCGCAACAGACAGCCAACUGGAAACCGCUUUGCGGCAGGUGCAGGUGGAGGUGUCGGUUGGCGAGUUCCAAGGCAAGUCAUGCUCCCUGUGGGAGCUUCUCUUCUCCAAAUACGUCACGGCAGAGAAACGACACGAGCUGCUGGACAAGCACCUGGCGGGAAAUGUGAGCACAGAGCAGCUGGUCCAAUUGGUCGUCACCCUGAUUGAGGAGAUGGAAGAGAAGAGCCACCAGCUGAAAUUCUCGGGUCUCAGGAGGCAGGUGACCGCCUCAGAACUGUUCAACGCCCAGAUCAUAGACCAGGACACGCUCUCGAAGCUCACGCAGGGCACCAAGACGGUGGAGGAGAUCACGGAAAUGGAUUCGGUCAAGCGGUACCUGGAAGGCACCAGCUGCAUUGCUGGGGUGCUGGUGCCCGCCAGGUCAGACCCUGCCAAGACGGAAAAGAUGACCAUCUACCAGGCCAUGUGGAAGGGCAUUCUCCGGCCGGGCACUGCCCUGGUGCUGCUGGAGGCACAGGCCGCCACGGGGUUCAUCACCGACCCUCUGCAGAACAGGAAGCUCUCCGUCAAUGAAGCCGUCGCUGCUGAGGUGGUGGGUGCCGAGCUGCGGGAGAAGCUCCUCUCUGCCGAGAGAGCCGUGACUGGGUAUAAGGACCCCUACACAGGGAGCAAUCUCUCCCUCUUCCAGGCCAUGAAGAAAGGUCUGAUAGUCAAAGACCAUGGCAUCCGCCUGCUGGAGGCUCAGAUCGCUACCGGGGGCAUCAUUGACCCCGUGCACAGCCAUCGCCUGCCCGUGGAAGUGGCCUACCGGCGGGGCUUCUUUGACGAGGAAAUGAACAAAACGCUCUCAGACCCCUCAGACGACACCAAGGGCUUCUUUGAUCCUAACACUCAUGAAAACCUGACCUACAAGCAGCUUCUCAAUCGCUGUCUCCCAGACCCCCACACCGGCCUGCUGAUGCUCCACGUGAUGGAAAAGGGCUCCUCUUCCUUCCUUCUGAACGAGAACACACGGAAAGCUUUGCAGUCGGCAACGGUCAGGAUGGACGUAGGGCUCUUUCAGGGCCAGGCCGUCUCUUUGUGGGACCUCCUCUUCUCCAGGUACAUACCUCCGCAGAGGAGAGAAGAGCUUUUACGGCAGUACAAAACAGGAACGCUAACGUUGCAGGCCCUCACCCAAAGCCUCACCGCCACCGUCCUCGAGACGGAAGAACGGAGCACUGAGCAAAGUGGCCAACAAGAAGCCCCCGACACCCAUGGGGCAAAGCCACCAGGAGCCGCCACCGACCGAGCACACCGGGAAGAGACCGUAGAGGAGGCCCUGAGGUCCAGAACCGUCAGCAUGCCCACAGGAGAGCACCAGGGUCACCCCGUGGUUGUGUGGGACCUGCUCUUCUCCGACUACAUUGCUGAGGAAAAGAGGACAGAGUUACUGGAUCUCUACCGCAGAGGCUUGCUGCCUAUGGAGCGGCUCAUCAGUGUCCUCACCACCCUCGUCCAAAAGAAACAGGCCACCACUAGGAAAUUGGAAGUUAAAGCGAAGAGCCGAGACCCAGAGUUGGGAGGCAGAGAAAGGGAUCCUGGGCUUUUCUCCCCAAACGAAGGAAACUGGGAGAGCACCUUGAGGGCUCAGCGCAUCCAGGUCUCCCUUCCUGAGUUUCAAGAUCAGCAGCUCUCCGUGUGGGACGUCCUCUUCUCCCAGCACAUCUCCGAGCGCCAGCGGGAGGAGCUUCUGAGCAAAUACCGAACUGGCAACGUGACCCUGGAGAAACUGAUUGACAUCCUGGCUGCCCUCCUUGCCGAAGGCGUGACCAGAGGACGCAGACACCCCACAGGCCCAGACGCAGGAAGCCCCGGCCACGGCAGCCCUGUGAGAGCAGACCAGGAGGGCGAUGGCAGUCAGGAGGAGGAGGCGGAGACUGUGACUCUGGGAGAAAAGCAGGAGGAGGCUCUGAAGUCCAGGAUGGUCAAGGUGGCGGCCGGGGAGUUCCACGGACAGAGGGUUUCUGUCUGGGACCUGCUUCACUCCAAGCACAUUCCCAAAGGAAAAAAGAAGGAGCUUCUGCAGCUCUACAAGUCCGGCAUACUCACCACCGACCAAAUGGAAACCGUGGUCACCACCAUCGUCAACGAGACGGAGAAGGAGAAAGCCAAGGAAGCGACCCACGCCCAGGUGGGCUGCUGGGAAGACCCCUUGCGCAACCACACGGUGGUGCUGCACGUCGGCCAGUUCCAAGGCCAAGAAGUGUCCCUCUGGGACCUCCUUUUUUCCCAGUACGUUCCCGAAGCCCAGAGAGAGGAGUUCCUGAUGAAAUAUCGUUCGGGUACCUUGAGCCUUCAGGAAAUGAUAGGCGCUCUGGCUCCCCUUCUCUCAGAGGGAGGAGGAAGCUCUGGCAAGGGCGCGGAAGGGGCCAGCUCCCCACCCGGAGAGGGAACCGGGCCUCUGGGAGGUGGGCCUUCCAUUUCCGCAACAGACAGCCAACUGGAAACCGCUUUGCGGCAGGUGCAGGUGGAGGUGUCGGUUGGCGAGUUCCAAGGCAAGUCAUGCUCCCUGUGGGAGCUUCUCUUCUCCAAAUACGUCACGGCAGAGAAACGACACGAGCUGCUGGACAAGCACCUGGCAGGAAAUGUGAGCACAGAGCAGCUGGUCCAAUUGGUCGUCACCCUGAUUGAGGAGAUGGAAGAGAAGAGCCACCAGCUGAAAUUCUCGGGUCUCAGGAGGCAGGUGACCGCCUCAGAACUGUUCAACGCCCAGAUCAUAGACCAGGACACGCUCUCGAAGCUCACGCAGGGCACCAAGACGGUGGAGGAGAUCACGGAAAUGGAUUCGGUCAAGCGGUACCUGGAAGGCACCAGCUGCAUUGCUGGGGUGCUGGUGCCCGCCAGGUCAGACCCUGCCAAGACGGAAAAGAUGACCAUCUACCAGGCCAUGUGGAAGGGCAUUCUCCGGCCGGGCACUGCCCUGGUGCUGCUGGAGGCACAGGCCGCCACGGGGUUCAUCACCGACCCUCUGCAGAACAGGAAGCUCUCCGUCAAUGAAGCCGUCGCUGCUGAGGUGGUGGGUGCCGAGCUGCGGGAGAAGCUCCUCUCUGCCGAGAGAGCCGUGACUGGGUAUAAGGACCCCUACACAGGGAGCAAUCUCUCCCUCUUCCAGGCCAUGAAGAAAGGUCUGAUAGUCAAAGACCAUGGCAUCCGCCUGCUGGAGGCUCAGAUCGCUACCGGGGGCAUCAUUGACCCCGUGCACAGCCAUCGCCUGCCCGUGGAAGUGGCCUACCGGCGGGGCUUCUUUGACGAGGAAAUGAACAAAACGCUCUCAGACCCCUCAGACGACACCAAGGGCUUCUUUGAUCCUAACACUCAUGAAAACCUGACCUACAAGCAGCUUCUCAAUCGCUGUCUCCCAGACCCCCACACCGGCCUGCUGAUGCUCCACGUGAUGGAAAAGGGCUCCUCUUCCUUCCUUCUGAACGAGAACACACGGAAAGCUUUGCAGUCGGCAACGGUCAGGAUGGACGUAGGGCUCUUUCAGGGCCAGGCCGUCUCUUUGUGGGACCUCCUCUUCUCCAGGUACAUACCUCCGCAGAGGAGAGAAGAGCUUUUACGGCAGUACAAAACAGGAACGCUAACGUUGCAGGCCCUCACCCAAAGCCUCACCGCCACCGUCCUCGAGACGGAAGAACGGAGCACUGAGCAAAGUGGCCAACAAGAAGCCCCCGACACCCAUGGGGCAAAGCCACCAGGAGCCGCCACCGACCGAGCACACCGGGAAGAGACCGUAGAGGAGGCCCUGAGGUCCAGAACCGUCAGCAUGCCCACAGGAGAGCACCAGGGUCACCCCGUGGUUGUGUGGGACCUGCUCUUCUCCGACUACAUUGCUGAGGAAAAGAGGACAGAGUUACUGGAUCUCUACCGCAGAGGCUUGCUGCCUAUGGAGCGGCUCAUCAGUGUCCUCACCACCCUCGUCCAAAAGAAACAGGCCACCACUAGGAAAUUGGAAGUUAAAGCGAAGAGCCGAGACCCAGAGUUGGGAGGCAGAGAAAGGGAUCCUGGGCUUUUCUCCCCAAACGAAGGAAACUGGGAGAGCACCUUGAGGGCUCAGCGCAUCCAGGUCUCCCUUCCUGAGUUUCAAGAUCAGCAGCUCUCCGUGUGGGACGUCCUCUUCUCCCAGCACAUCUCCGAGCGCCAGCGGGAGGAGCUUCUGAGCAAAUACCGAACUGGCAACGUGACCCUGGAGAAACUGAUUGACAUCCUGGCUGCCCUCCUUGCCGAAGGCGUGACCAGAGGACGCAGACACCCCACAGGCCCAGACGCAGGAAGCCCCGGCCACGGCAGCCCUGUGAGAGCAGACCAGGAGGGCGAUGGCAGUCAGGAGGAGGAGGCGGAGACUGUGACUCUGGGAGAAAAGCAGGAGGAGGCUCUGAAGUCCAGGAUGGUCAAGGUGGCGGCCGGGGAGUUCCACGGACAGAGGGUUUCUGUCUGGGACCUGCUUCACUCCAAGCACAUUCCCAAAGGAAAAAAGAAGGAGCUUCUGCAGCUCUACAGGUCCGGCAUACUCACCACCGACCAAAUGGAAACCGUGGUCACCACCAUCGUCAACGAGACGGAGAAGGAGAAAGCCAAGGAAGCGACCCACGCCCAGGUGGGCUGCUGGGAAGACCCCUUGCACAACCACACGGUGGUGCUGCACGUCGGCCAGUUCCAAGGCCAAGAAGUGUCCCUCUGGGACCUCCUUUUUUCCCAAUACAUUUCAGAGAACAAACGGGAAGAGCUUCUGUGCAUAUUCAGAGAUUGCCACUUAACCCCAGAGGAACUUACUGCAAUUAUUUCCACCUUAAUUACCGAAAUGGAAGAUUGCAGUAACAAACAUUCAGCACUGAAUAUAACAUGCAGCAGUGUGUCUUCAGCUGAGGAAGGAGAGGAAUUUGCCAUCUCAGAAUUUAGAAGAAAUGAGAUACCUCCAAAGUCUCAGAGGGCUGGACUCCCUUUAGGCAAGCAGCCUCGGAGUGACGUUUCUGUGUUGGAUCUUCUUCACUCCACGCAUAUUCCUGAGGAGAAGAGGCAGGAGCUCUUGCACUUGUACGAGUCGGGCUCUCUCACGCUGGACGAAAUGGAAACCCUAGUCAUGUCCCUUUCCGGGAACAAAGCCAAGGAGGAGAUGGAACCGGUUCGCUGUGAUGUUUUGGAGCCAGGCGAAGCUGAAGUCCCACCGUCAUCACACUAUGAUCUUUUGCAGCGCACCUUAGGCCGGGAGAAGAUUGAUGUGACCAUCCGUGAGAUCCAAGGAGCGCGAGCCUCUGUGUGGGACCCCUUCUUUUCAAGGUGUGUUGCGCAUAUUAAUAAAGAAGAAAUUCUUCUCCGCCAUGGUUCCCCCACUGUGAGUGUGAAAGAAAAUUUUACAAGCAUUACCACCCUUAUUACCGAAACGGAAAGUUCCUGUUAUGGAUCAGGCAGCACUGGGGAACUUCCCAGGGAAGACCCAAGAUCAGCUGAAACCUUUGCCGCUUGUUGGACAGAACAGCCACUGGAGAGAGAGAAUGCUUUGAAAUCCAGACGGGUUGAGACCUCUGGGACUGGGUUUUUCACACAACUGGAUUCCCUCUGGGAUCUCCUCCAUUCUCAUUAUAUCCCUGAGGAGAAAAGGGAAGAGCUCCUGCAUCUGUUCAAAUCAGGCAAACUCACACUGGAUCAAAUGGAAACAGAAAUAAUUGCCAUUAUUAACCAAUCUCUGAACAAGGAAACCAAUCAAGCAUCCCAUGAGGACCUGUCCCAAGGCCAUGGCGAAGAGAGCUUGCAGCACCUCACCCUGAUGGUCCGAGGUCAGGAAGUCUCCCUCUGGAAUCUCCUGUUUUCCCAGGACAUCUCAGAGUGCCAGCGGGAAGAACUUUGGGCCAAAUAUAAGAGCGGGAGACUGACACUUGAGGAGCUCAGAAGUAUCCUGGCUACCCUGCUAGUGGAGGCCACAACCACGCAGUCCCACCACAUGGCAACCACGGGCAUAUCUAGGGGAGAUGAUGAUGAAAAUGCAUCUGGCAAGGACAAGGAGAGGGAGACUGUGGUUCUGGGAGAGAAGCCGGAGGAGGCUCUGAAGUCCCGGAUGGUCAACGUGGCGGCUGGGAAGUUCCACGGGCAGAGGGUUUCGGUCUGGGACCUGCUUCACUCCAAGUACAUCCCCAAAGGGAAGAGGAAGGAGCUCCUUCGGCUCUACAGGUCCGGCAUACUCACCACCGACCAAAUGGAAACCGUGGUCACCACCAUCGUCAACAAGAUGGAGGAGGAGAAAGCCAAAGAAGCAUCGCACGCCCAGGCAGGCCACUGGGAAGGCACCACAACCCCCCACACAGGAAUCCCUAAAAAGGACACUUCUGUGAGAGCAGAACAGGAGGGUGAUGGCGAUGAUGAUGAUGAUGAGGAGGAGGAGAAGGAGGCAGAAGAGCAGGAGGAGGAGGCGGUGGUUCUGGGAGAGAAGCAGGAGGAGGCUCUGAAGUCCCGGAUGGUCAACGUGGCGACCGGGAAGUUCCACGGGCAGAGGGUUUCGGUCUGGGAUCUGCUUCACUCCAAGUACAUCCCCAAAGGGAAGAGGAAGGAGCUCCUUCGGCUCUACAGGUCCGGCAUACUCACCACCGACCAAAUGGAAACCGUGGUCACCACCAUCGUCAACAAGAUGGAGGAGGAGAAAGCCAAAGAAGCAUCGCACGCCCAGGCAGGCCACUGGGAAGGCACCACAACCCCCCACACAGGAAUCCCUAAAAAGGACACUUCUGUGAGAGCAGAACAGGAGGGUGAUGGCGAUGAUGAUGAUGAUGAGGAGGAGGAGAAGGAGGCAGAAGAGCAGGAGGAGGAGGCGGUGGUUCUGGGAGAGAAGCAGGAGGAGGCUCUGAAGUCCCGGAUGGUCAACGUGGCGACCGGGAAGUUCCACGGGCAGAGGGUUUCGGUCUGGGAUCUGCUUCACUCCAAGUACAUCCCCAAAGGGAAGAGGAAGGAGCUCCUUCGGCUCUACAGGUCCGGCAUACUCACCACCGACCAAAUGGAAACCGUGGUCACCACCAUCGUCAACAAGAUGGAGGAGGAGAAAGCCAAAGAAGCAUCGCACGCCCAGGCAGGCCACUGGGAAGGCACCACAACCCCCCACACAGGAAUCCCUAAAAAGGACACUUCUGUGAGAGCAGAACAGGAGGGUGAUGGCGAUGAUGAUGAUGAUGAGGAGGAGGAGAAGGAGGCAGAAGAGCAGGAGGAGGAGGCGGUGGUUCUGGGAGAGAAGCAGGAGGAGGCUCUGAAGUCCCGGAUGGUCAACGUGGCGACCGGGAAGUUCCACGGGCAGAGGGUUUCGGUCUGGGAUCUGCUUCACUCCAAGUACAUCCCCAAAGGGAAGAGGAAGGAGCUCCUUCGGCUCUACAGGUCCGGCAUACUCACCACCGACCAAAUGGAAACCGUGGUCACCACCAUCGUCAACAAGAUGGAGGAGGAGAAAGCCAAAGAAGCAUCGCACGCCCAGGCAGGCCACUGGGAAGGCACCACAACCCCCCACACAAGAAUCCCUAAAAAGGACACUUCUGUGAGAGCAGAACAGGAGGGUGAUGGCGAUGAUGAUGAUGAUGAGGAGGAGGAGAAGGAGGCAGAAGAGCAGGAGGAGGAGGCGGUGGUUCUGGGAGAGAAGCAGGAGGAGGCUCUGAAGUCCCGGAUGGUCAACGUGGCGGCCGGGAAGUUCCACGGGCAGAGGGUUUCGGUCUGGGAUCUGCUUCACUCCAAGUACAUCCCCAAAGGGAAGAGGAAGGAGCUCCUUCGGCUCUACAGGUCCGGCAUACUCACCACCGACCAAAUGGAAACCGUGGUCACCACCAUCGUCAACAAGAUGGAGGAGGAGAAAGCCAAAGAAGCAUCGCACGCCCAGGCAGGCCACUGGGAAGGCACCACAACCCCCCACACAAGAAUCCCUAAAAAGGACACUUCUGUGAGAGCAGAACAGGAGGGCGAUGGCGAUGAUGAUGAUGAGGAGGAGGAGGAGGAGGAGAAGGAGGCAGAUGAGCAGGAGGAGGAGGCUGUGGUUCUGGGAGAGAAGCAGGAGGAGGCUCUGAAGUCCCGGAUGGUCAACGUGGCGGCCGGGAAGUUCCACGGGCAGAGGGUUUCGGUCUGGGACCUGCUUCACUCCAAGUACAUCCCCAAAGGGAAGAGGAAGGAGCUCCUUCGGCUCUACAGGUCCGGCAUACUCACCACCGACCAAAUGGAAACCGUGGUCACCACCAUCGUCAACAAGAUGGAGGAGGACAAAGUCACUGAACUGAGUCAUGUGAAUUGUCCUGUUCAAGAGAUGGGACCAUCAGGAAAAUGUCAGCCUUCUUUCCUGCCUGAGUUCCUCUCUGUAGAAGAGACGUUGCGUUCUGAGACUUUCAUUGUACCUACUGGGGCUCUCCAGGGACAGAAGGUGUCUUGCUGGGAGCUGCUCUCUUCCAACUAUGUCCCAGAAGAGAAGAAGCAGGAACUGCUAAGCCAAUUUGAAGCGGGAGCUCUCUCUCCUCAGGAACUGGCUGGCCUUCUCACCAACAGCCUCACAGAAGCAGAGAGGCCGGAGAGCAGCCCGUCCGGGAGCAGAGGGGACGGCUGCCUGGCUGAGGGGAAGCAAGCUGAGACCUCGGAAGACUCUCAUGCCCAGCAGCUGCGGCUGAAGAAAUCCUUGCGGACCACCAUGGUCCCUGUGGCUGUCGGGGAGUACAAAGGGCAGAAGGUCUGUGUGCUGGACCUUCUCUUUUCUAAAUAUGUCCCACAGGAUAAGAGGCAGGAGCUCCUGGAACUGUACCGAGCCGGGACCUUACCCAUCCAAGCCAUGGUUGCAACCCUUGUGAGUAUGAUUGAAGAGGCGGAAAGGAAAGGUGGCAAGUCUGCCAAGAAGAAGAAGAAGUCCUGCAUGAAGGGGGCACUUUGUUGGAAGGAUCGAGGGGACCAUCCAUAAGUGCUCCAGCAUCUGGGUCUUUUGCCCUCUCUGGCCCCACCGGGAGCACCACGGAAGGGGAAACGGUUUCUGCCUUUCGCCAGGAUCUGUCACAAUGCCGCUUGCUUCCAGAAAGGUGCACACAGAACAGGCUCUGGGCUGGCUGGGUUUCCUUCUGGGCGGGGGGACCAUGUCUUCAUUGACCCCUUUUGAGACAAUUCCUAAAAGAGUUGCUGGCACUCCGUAGGCUGAUGCGCCUGGCCCAACUGGCUCUUGUCUGAAGUAUCUUGAGUGUGCGCGUACACACGCACACACAUACACAUAGACAGAUGAUCGUCAAUCCAAGUUUCUUUUGCAAGCUGUUCUGCUCAUAUAUGUAUUUGCAAAUUUUGCAACUCUUCCUAGGAAAUGCCGCUUAGGAGCUUCAGUCUAACAACAGCUGUGUGUACAGAAAACUCCAGGAAAGGAGAAAUGGAAGGGAUCAUUCCAGUGGUGUCAGCCGCCCACCCCCGCCCCCCGUUGAUCCGGAACCUGCUAGACCUCUGAUUGCAGCCCCAUUGAAAGGAUCUCUUCGAUAACAGAGCAGCUAAGCUUGUCUGUUUCUGCUGGCAAUAAACGGCUA